AUGCAAGCAACAAUAAGAUCCGCCUACGCACGGGAUCUGAGAUCGCUCGAGAGUAUCGCUGCAUCUGUGAGCACCAACCCGCUGCGACGGCCUAUAAUCUGGUUCAAUGGCGGCCAUCACUGGCUCAGUACGCGUCGCGGCGCGAAGACGAAGACGAGUAGGAGAGUAGCCGAAAUUCCAGCCUUGCAGCAGGGUGCAAUUCCAGUCGAAUCGUUACCUGACUCCGAACCACAGAAUGAUGGGCAAUACCCUACCUAUCCUACCGUGCUACAGGGCGUGAGGGAUAACAUGGCCAAGUUCAAGAACUGCGUGGUCUUGACAAGGGUGGGCAAUUUUUAUGAGCUAUACUUCGAUCAGGCAGAAGAGUUUGGCCCUCCGAUGAUCCUGAAGGUCGCUUACCGAGCAUCUACCCGCCAUCCGCCCGUCGCUAUGGCCGGAUUUCCUUUCUAUCAACUCGAUCGUUACCUGAAAAUGUUGGUGUUGGAUCACAAUCAGCGUGUUGCGAUCAGCGAAGAGAUACCUAAUAACGUGGACGGAAAGGUCAAAUCGAGUGGCAACCUUUUUGAUCGCCAGGUCGUACGGAUCGUGACACCAGGUACUCUAAUUGAUGAAAAGUUUAUGGAUACAUGCCAAAACAACUUUUUACUUGCUGUGCACAACGGUGAAGCAAACGACUCUCAGGAGCCGUUAGCUGCUGAUGGUCCCGCUACAGUCGGUCUCGCUUGGAUAGACCUUUCCACUGGGGAUUUCUGGACCGCGACGACGCAGCGGGCAUUACUCUCUUCAUCGAUAGCUCGCAUAGCUGCACGUGAGAUUGUUCUGCAAGAAGAUGUUCCCGACGGCCUCCAGCAGGAAAUCCAGGCCCUGCUGAGUCACCACCAUGACUUAGCCACAUACCACACCAGCAGUUCCCCAUUCACAUCCAUUGCCGAGUGGAAUGGCGUUUUCGAAGCUCCUCUGGAUGAUGCUGCCGAAGACCGGUUCUCCGGUUCAGAAAAGCUUGCCAUUCAUUUGCUGCUGGACUAUGCGAAGCACCAACUGCAAAGAACACAAUUGCGACUGCAGCCACCACGGAAGAGACAAGAUACGCAUGUUCUGUCCCUUGACCGCCACAGCCUGCGAGGUCUGGAGAUAUUGGAAACAUCUAAAGAUGGCUUCGGCAAAGGCAGCCUGCUUCACGCCGUAAGGAGAACGGUAACGAAGAGCGGCGAGCGCCUUUUACGAGAACGACUUGUGUCACCUUCAGCCUCAUUAGAGGAGAUCAACGGCCGACUCGAUCUCGUGACUGCGUUUCUGGCGUCCGAGGAGCUACGAGAUGAUCUAGUGCAGAGGCUGCGGCGGACAUUUGACGUGCAGAGGAUCGUACAGAGGUUCACGCUCAACAAAGGUGAUGCAGAUGAUAUGUUGAGUCUCGCGAAGGCUGUCACUGAAACAUUAGCGGUGUACCACCGUCUGUUGACUGCGUCAAAAUCAGACUCGGCAAAUUCCGGGAUGUACAUGCCACUGACCGCCUUAGCAGAACGAUUUGAAUUGAAAGGACCUAUAGCUCUUGCUGAACACAUCACUCAAUCGAUAGACGAGGAAGGACUUCUGCAGCUUCAUCGCCAACAGGACGAGGAAGCGGCCGAGGUCGCGGCGAAGGCUGUGGAGGCUGUACAGAGCCAAGGCGCCGACGCAGCUGAGAUAAUUCAGAAGAGCGCAAGAGUCAAAGCGAGAAUCGCUGAGGGACGGUUCUCAGACGCAGAUAUGCUUGAAGCAUGGAUUAUGAAGAAGACGGCUAGCGACUCCAUCGGACAGCUGCACGAAGCAUUGGACGCUCUGAAGACGGAGAAGGAUCUACUCGAGACGCGACUACAGCAGGAUCUCAAAACAUCCUCACUAACUUUGAAGUGGGCUCCCGGCAAAGGGUAUACAUGCCACAUUCGCAGUGCAACGGCCUUCGACAGCAAAAAGCUGACGAACAUGAAAGCUCAUAUGAUAUCGUCUACCAAGUCAACAAGGUCUUUCUAUCUGCCUGAAUGGUCAAACCUCGGAACAAGAAUCGACCAUGCCAGAAUGAGAAUUCGAAACGAAGAACAGCGAAUUUUUGCGCAGCUCAAGCAACAUGUUAUUCAAAACCUAGUUCGGUUGAGGCGCAACGCGGCAAUCAUGGAUGAGAUUGAUGUCGCAACAGGAUUCGCGUCUCUGGCUCAUCAAGAAGGCUGGAAGCGGCCAGUCAUCGACACAUCUAGCGACCACCAUAUCGUUGGUGGCCGCCACCCCACCGUCAAACUCGGUUUACAGGAGCAGGGCCGCACCUUUGUCACUAACGACUGUCUUCUGGAUUCAAAGGAGCAGAUCUGGCUUGUCACUGGCCCAAACAUGGCUGGCAAAAGCACGUUCCUACGGCAGAACGCUCUAAUCACUUUGCUAGCCCAAGUUGGGUCCUACGUGCCGGCGGAAUAUGCGCGGAUUGGUAUCGUGGAUCAGCUUUUCUCGCGCAUCGGUGCGGCUGACGAUCUUUUCCGCGACCAGUCUACAUUCAUGGUGGAAAUGCUCGAGUCUGCAGCGAUUCUCAAGCAAGCCACGUCGAGAUCGUUUGCCAUCAUGGACGAGGUCGGCCGAGGUACUACGCCACAAGAUGGCAUCGCAGUAGCGUUCGGGAUUCUCUGCCAUCUGUACGAUAUCAACAAAUGCCGCACGCUCUUCGCUACACAUUUUCAUCGGCUUGCAGACAUGACUGAGAGAUGGUCAAGAGUGGGAAGAUAUUGUACAGAUAUUAUCGAGGAAGAAUCGGGGUCUUUCAUCUUCCAGCAUCGGCUGAAGCCGGGAGUCAACAGGCAGUCGCACGCGCUUAAGGUGGCGAAGCUUGCUGGUCUACCUACAGCGGCUCUGGAAGCUGCCCACGCGAUGCUGCAACAAUUGCAAACCGAGGAGCGCGAGGCACACCAGGGCCCUCACUUGCCGGAAACAGUACGCGUCGCCACGGCCAGUUGA